GGUCAACAUUCCAAGGAAGAACUCAACUAUAAGAACAGUAGCUCUAUAAGCACUGAAUGCAUCGAACCAGGAACAAUGGAUCUGAAAUUCAGCAACUCAAGGAAAUAUGUUUCUAUCAGUGUCUCUUCCAAAGCCCAAGCUAUGUCACCACACAUCAAGUCAAUAGAUGACAUUGUAGUACUUGGCAUAAAUCUCAGCAAAUUUAACAAACCCACUCAGUUUUUCAUAUGUGUUACAGGAGUUUUUGUAUUUUACCUAAUCUAUGGAUAUUUACAGGAGCUGAUAUUUUCAGUGGAGGGUUUUAAGCCCUUUGGCUGGUACCUUACUUUAGUUCAAUUUGGCUUUUACUCCAUAUUUGGACUAAUAGAACUUCAGCUUAUUCAGGACAAAAGGAGAAGGAUACCAGGAAAAACCUAUAUGAUAAUAGCUUUUCUAACCGUGGGUACUAUGGGUUUGUCAAACACUUCCCUAGGCUACCUGAAUUACCCCACCCAAGUCAUCUUCAAGUGCUGCAAAUUGAUUCCAGUUAUGCUAGGAGGAGUUUUUAUUCAAGGAAAGCGUUAUAAUAUUGCAGAUGUAUCUGCUGCAGUGUGUAUGAGUCUUGGCCUAAUAUGGUUUACUCUGGCUGACAGUACAGUUGCACCAAAUUUCAACUUGACAGGUGUGGUCCUUAUUUCCCUUGCCUUAUGUGCAGAUGCUGUUAUAGGAAAUGUACAGGAAAAAGCUAUGAAGAUGCACAAUGCUUCCAAUUCAGAAAUGGUUUUAUAUUCCUAUUCAAUAGGUUUUGUGUACAUUUUAUUGGGAUUGACAUGCACUACUGGAUUAAGCCCUGCAGUAGCAUUUUGUUCAAAGCAUCCAGUACAGACGUAUGGUUAUGCAUUCCUUUUCUCCCUUACUGGGUAUUUUGGAAUCUCCUUUGUUCUGGCUUUGAUUAAAAUUUUCGGUGCUCUUCUUGCUGUAACUGUAACAACAGGAAGAAAAGCAAUGACCAUUGUGCUUUCUUUUAUAUUCUUUGCUAAGCCAUUCACAUUUCAGUAUGUGUGGUCUGGUUUGUUAGUUGUGCUUGGUAUAUUUCUCAAUGUUUACAGCAAAAAUAUGGAUAAAAUCAAGCUCCCAUCAUUACAUAGUCUAUUAAAUAAAAAAAUGGAAGACAGAAAGACAAGGACGUUGGCACAAACAGUAUAGGCAGUAAUUUACACUGUCUGAAAUGGAACUCUUUUUUUUUUUUGAUGGAACAAUUAUCAAUUCAUUUUCCAAAGGGAUCUUUAUAAAAACCAAAGGAGUAGAAGGCAAGCUAUGCAUUAUGGCUUAACUAUGAACAUUUUUAUAUGAAAUCGACCUUCUCUUCAGAACACUUGAAUUCACUUUACUUUUGAAACAUUCAACAAGCCAGUGUGUAGCACAUUAUGAGAAUAAAAUAUCAAGAUGAAGGACCAAA